UUAGUCCGGGAAAGUUCAGAGAAGAUUGGAUCUGCAGUAUGCCCUUUUCUCGUUAUUCCGAGCCCCUAAGCCGGUUUUUCAGUGCUGAAACAGGAAAUAGCUACAAGUGCAAAUUUUCCAAAGGCUCGGAUCAAUGAGAAGGCUCGGAAUUAUGAGAAAGAGGCAUACAUAUUUUACAGAGAAGUGUAAUAUUUACGCGGGAAAGGGGUAGUCCAAAUAAUUGUACUCGAGAGUUGAAUAUCGUUAUAUUAUUUUGACUUGUCGAUAUCCGCCUCUGAAUAGACAACGUAAAACAUCAAAAUGUCAAUGAACCGCUUGACGAAGUAUUUGCUCAGCACAGAAACCAACCCUCACUUUUGACAGUGAAAUUUUGCACACCACGCUCCCGUUUCUAUUCAACGAAAUAAGGUGACCUGAAACCUACAUCAGCUAAGAGAUUCAUGCUUUUUCACUGAAUUCAAGGAAAAACUAUGGCAACAGGAACUAUCCCAUCUGUUGCCAGUCCACACUGUCUUCUUGAUCAGUGCACUGUGAUGGUAGCCACCCAUCUUGACCUUGUAGAAAGCUUUGUUGGCCUGCCUUCACUUAUUGGUGAGAGGAUAUUUUGUGCUGGAUGCCAUACAGAGAGGUUUAAAUCUGAUGUUGAAUACUCGACACAGGCAGUAACACUGUUUGCAGAUGCAUAUGGUGAAGAGUUCCUGUCAAGCCUCAGUGUUAGUGGUGAGCAUCUGGGCUUGAACUACUGUUUGGAGCAGAUCUUGUUGUUUACAGAUCUUGUACAGCUGGAUUUAUCUAACUGUGGGCUGGGAGAUGAUCAUGAAAUGUUGAUACAAUUUCAGCAUUUACACAGGCUAGAAGUUCUAUCAUUGAGAGGCAAUGCUGUGACAAAUAGUGGCAUACAAAAAAUGACAGUACCAUACAGGAUGUUUUCUAGAGGUCCUGCUGGAUUACAAAUGAUUGAUCUUAGAGGCAAUGAGGAAAUAUCUAAGCAGAGUUUGAAAUACUUGACAAAGUUUGUGUUUCUUGAUACAGUGCUGUUUUCUAAUCUUUCUGUAGAUAAGUCAAAGACAUACGGAUGUUGGAUGCUAACAGAAGAGAAGGUAGACAUGGAUAUAUGCACAGAGGGCUGGGCCAAAGUUCUGAUUGACAGGUGGAUGCUAGAUGCCAGAGAGAAAUCUGUGAAAAUCAAGCCGAAACCAAAGACUGGGGCAUUCUCAAUCAGAAAAUAUCCAUUGCCGGAAACCAGUAGUUUAUUGUCAACUGGUCAUGUUGCUGGGAACCAAGAAUAUUGUGAUGUCAUGGCAAAGAGACUGAAAGUGGUGGGAAUAAAAGCAGCUUCUAGGAAUGAAGUGGACAAGUUACACAGUAGUAAGACCUGUACAAACUUCCAACAGUCCACAAUGAAAUGUGACAGAGAGCAAAUGGAGGACUUGUAUAAAGUAUAUGGAGAAAACCAAAACAUAGAAGAUGAUAAAUCUCUAAUGAAGAGGUUAGAAUUAUGUGAUAGUGACAGAUUGAAUACAGACAAACCUUUGGGGUCAGCUUUUAGUAAAUCUGGAAAGGGGAAAGAAAGAACUUUCAAAGGUUUUUCUAUAAAGACUGAAAAACAAAGAGAAAAGGAGAAUAAAAUACAUACACUGAAGACAGAUCCAUUUAAAAGAAACAGUCAUGUUGAUUUUAUGUUUAAAAAGGAGACAAGUAGUAAUCGUGAUCUAGGGAUAAACGAAAACACAAGUGUAAAAACUACAGAGCGAAAUAAUAUUAAAAUUUCUAAAUAUUUUACUGGUGCUCAGUCUGUAGCAUGUAAAAAGGUUAAAGUUUGUGGUGAUUUGUCAGAAAACCAGUCAAAUGGAAGUAUACAAUCUGUAAACUACAACAGUCAUUCCAGUAACAACAUGGUGGACACUUCCAUGUCAUCAGUUAAUACGAACUCUGUUCCAGCAGUAGAUUCAGUUUCUGUUCCAGCAGUAGAUUCUGUUUCUGUUCCAGCAGUAGAUUCAGUUUCUGUUCCAGCAGUAGAUUCAGUUUCUGUUCCAGCAGUAGAUUCAGUUUCUGUUCCAGCAGUAGAUUCAGUUUUAGCUAUGAAUGCAAUCCCUGUUAAUGCAAAGUCAAGAAAGAGAAAAAGAAUUGUCAUUAAGAAAAAUCCAGAUGCAGGGUCGAUUUUUAAUUGUGAAACAAAUGAAUUUGACAUAAAUAAUGAAAAGAUGAACAGUGAGAGCAUUUAUGUUGAUCAGAGGGAUUUGAACAAAGAUAAUCAGCAAAAGAGAAAAAGAUUUAAGUCAUCACUUCUUGAUUCUUUAGAUGUGUGCAUUUAAUAAUAAAGUGUCCAAAGUGUCAA